CACGCCUACUGUCCCUCUUCGCCUCCUGCACUGAUACGCCCGCUUCGCGAUGAUCACGCACAGUACGCGCUCGCGGCGCUGGCCCAUCCCUCUGACGCUGGUAGCUACCACGCUCUUUGCGGCGCUGACACUCGUUGGUCGGCGGCCCAGCAGCGAGGGCAUCGACUCUCUCGCGACUGCCUUUGACGACAGUACAAUGGCAGCAACACUGACCGCCGAGCAGAAGCUCGUCGACUUUCAAGUGUCCGCGGACGAGACGGAGGAGGCUGUCAACUCCCAGAUUGGCACCGCCGGCGCGCAAGCGGGCUCCCUCUCCUUGCCGGCGUCGUCAGAGGUGCUUCCCGCGCCGCUCGAGCACGUGAGGCAGUCGGUGGCAGACGGCGUGGGCGAGGCGAGCACGCGGUUCGGUGGCGAGGUGGGAAAGGCGGGCCGGUUUGCGAGCUCGCGCGUCACCGAGUCGCUGCUCGGCCUCGCGCAGGCCGGCGGCCUCGGCGAUCUGAAGCCGGGCGGGUUGUCGGUCGAGUGGGAGGAGCUGGCCAUCAGUGGGGUGGGAGGCGCGCGGCUAAAGGCGGUGGUUGCGUAUCCCAAGGCUGGGGCGGCGGAGGCGACACGCCGCUUCCCAGUCGUCGUCCUCUGCAACUCGUGGGUGAUGAACUGGUGGGAGUACGCCGUCAAGCAGCAGGAGUGGGCGGCGGCGGGGUACGUCGUGCUGAUGUACGUCGCGCGGGGCUGGUGGGAGUCGGAGGGGGAAGUGACCGCCGCGGGCCCGCUCGAGGUGGACGACGCUCGCCGCGUGCUCGACACGGUCGAGACGCGCGCCGCCGACUGGCACGCCGACCCGUCCCGCAUCGCCACGGCGGGCGUCUCGUAUGGCGGAGGCCUUGCUGUCCUCACGGCCGCCGCCGACAGCCGCGUGACGGCGGCGGUCUCUCUCUCGGGGUGGGGCAACAUCAACCGCGCCCUCGCGGGGCAGGGCGCGCCGAACCUGUUCUGGUACGAGGUGUGGACAGCUCGAAGCAGCUCCCGGGGCAACCGCUCCGAGGAGGUUGUGGGGUGGUGCCGCACUCGCUCGCCAGAAGCGCACCUGCAGGACUUGUGCGGCGGCGGUCGCGCCACGCCCGUUCUCCUGUCCAACAACGCGGAGGACCGGCUCUUCGCGCCCGACGCGGCGCUGCUCUACCGGCAGGCGCUGCAUGGCGCCGGCUGCCGCGUCGAGACGAUGAUCCACGAGGGGAUCCACGCCAUGGCAGAGCUGCCAGGCAUGUUGGGCUUCUCCGACGCCGUCGCAACAUCGUCCCCGCUCUGGAGCCGUGUCCUGGCUUUCCUCGACGCCAACCUCAAGCCGGGCGCCGCGCCGCCGCCGCCGCCGCCACCCGCCCUCUCGUUCCAGCUGCGCCAGCCAGAGGCGUCUGUCUUCAAGAACUACGUGCCAGUCUACCUCGACUUCGACUCGUGGCCGUCGCCGCGCGUGCAGCCGUCAAGCUACAGGCUCCGCGGCGACGCGCUGGCGCCGCCGCAGGCUAGAGAUGUCGCAGCGCCGUCUCCGCCGCCGAAGGCCGAGGAGUGCACGCGGCGGCUGGCGUAUGGCCCCGACACGGGCUUCAGCGGCGGGGCGCCGCUCCACACCGCUCUGGGGCGGGGGGUGGCUCGAGAAGUGUCUCGGAACGUGCCGCCUCGGCUCUCUCCCCCUCAGGUGCCGCUGCUGAGCCCGUUUGUCUCUGCCGCCGCCGGGGUGCAGAUCAAGUCGUACCGGCGCGCCAUCAACUCUAGCUCGGCGGCGCUCUUUGUCGCGCCGCCGCAGGCGGCGCCUCUGCGGGUGUGCGGCAUCCCAAACGCCACCUUCCACGCCUCCUCCAGCAUGGACCGCUUCCAGCUCGCGGCGCGCGUCUUCUCGAUGGCGCCAAACGGCGAGCUCGAGCUCCUCUCCUUCGGCGCGCGCGACGUGUGGCACCGAGGGCCGGACCCGCCGUGCUUGCGCCCGGACGGCAUCACGGAUGAGAGAGGAACACCCCGGGGACUUGUGGGACCUCCCCGUAGGUACCUGCGCCCGGACGACGUCAGGGACAACUGGGACGUGCCGGCCGGUGGCGCAGGGGAGGUGGUGGUGCGGAUGGCGGCCCUCUGCACCGACGUGCCCGCCGGCAACGCCGUCGCCCUCGGCCUCUCCUUGCACGACCCGACCCGCGCCGCCGCAAACAGCGACGUGGCAUUGCGCGUGGACGUCGGCUGCUGCGGCGCGAGCGCGCUGUGGCUGCCCGUCGUGGGGGCGAGCGGAGGAGCGGCACUUUGAGGAUUCCAUGAGUAUGUUGCGCGGCGGCGCGGGCCGCCGGCGCGCCCCCGCCCCUCCAACUUGGUCUUGGAACUUGUUCGGGGCCGCAGAGAGAACUUUAGUGGUAGAGCGCGCAUCUUCAAUCUAGAGACUAGAGAGACAAGGAGGCCAUUUUACACGUGGACGUCAUUGCUCUGACACACACAAUCCGAAAUUCGGAGGCGACCGCAAACACGGCAUCUGAAACGGAUGCGCGUUCGUGCAUGGUGAAGGCAUUCUCUGACCUUUUGUUGUAACUCGAGCGGUGUAAGGCUAAA